AAUUUUUUUCAUCUAAUUCACAUAAUGCCGAAAUCAAGAAGAAAGAAACAGAACAUUUAUUUAACUGAGACUCAAAAGAAAACUCGUGAGGCUAAAACUAAAGCUAUCGCUAAUAUUCAAGAAUGUUUAUCCCAAUAUACAUAUAUAUGGAGGAUAGUACCUGAGGAUAUGAGAAACACAUAUUUACAACAAAUUCGAGCAGAUUGGAAAGAUAAGGGAAAACUGUUCUUCACCAAGAAUAAGAUCAUUAUAAAAGCAUUGGGUAGAGAUGAACAGGAAGAACAGGAGUUGAAUUUAUCCAAAUUUUCACAAGAAUUGGUCGGUAAUGCAGGAAUCUUGUUUACGAACGAACAAGUAGAUGACGUUCGUUCUUAUUUUUCAAAGACGCAAUUUGAUGAUUAUGCUAGAGCUGGAGGACUUGUUGAUCAAGAUAUAGUUAUUCCAGCCGGAAAAAUAAGAUAUCAUAAUACUGGUGAAUAUGUAAUACCUACUCAGAAACCAAUAUUGGAAAGUUUAGGAAUGUCUAUUAGGCUGGAGCAAGGUUUUUUGGUUUUAGAUCAAGAUCAUACGAUUUGUAAAUAUGGUGAUCAACUUACAGUUGAGCAAGCUCAUAUGUUGAAACAAUUGAUGUUCAAACUCGCUAUAUUUAGAUUAAUACCUACUCACUAUUAUGAUAAAACGACAAAUCAGGUGAUUGAAGUAUAGUUUAGAUAUUAAAAGGGUUAAUCGCAUUACGCCUAAGAUCGAAGAUCAGUCGCCCAUCUAAAAAUUUUCUUUCUGCUUUAUGCGAACAGGUUACUCAAUAUAAAUAAAGUUAAUCGGUGCAUUUAUGCAUUCACAUUUUUUCUUGGCAUUUUCAAAAUAUAUUCCCGAUCUAAAUCAAAAUUGUCAAUAUACUUACGGCAGAGCGCCCUCAAAUGUUUAAUUGGUUAGGACUCUCAACGAGCAAUUUGAAGUACUUUUUUAACGUAAAUUAUAAUUACGUAAAUCAAUUUCAAUUCUAUAUAUUUAUUAAUUUAUAAAAAUUUUCAAUAAAUUUCACGUGACCUACACACAUUU